AUGGCAAAGUACUGGCGCACGGGAGAUGCGAGACGGGAAAACUGUGAGCGAGUGCUGCGAAUGGAUGUAGCUGAGUUAGAGCAGCAAUUGACACAGCUGAAGCAAGCGUGCGAGGGAAAUGAGAGAAAUGUUGCGGAGGAAUUGAUGGCGGCUUUGAAUUGUUCCAAGCAGGUGGAAAUAGUAGAAGCCGUGGAAGAGCUAGCGAUGAAUGCAGCUAUAAUCGAUAAGAUUGGGAAGUAUACAGGAUGGGAGCAAGAAGAGAUUGUGGUGAAUUGUAAGGAGUUGAAAAAGAGGAUGGUGAAAUUAGUGGAGAAGGAGAAAGAAGUGUUGUCAUUGCAGCGCGAGCUAGUACACGUGAAGAACUGCUCGCUCAAAUCGCGUGAGGAGGAGUCUAUGAGAAGCGGCGUAGGGACUACGGUGCCAGGUAGGACCGCUAAGAAGGCAUCGAAAAUUGAUAUUGAAGCAUUGAAGAAGUUGAAGCACGAGAUGAACUCAUGUAAUCCUACUUUGCAGACUGGGUGA